CGGUACAGUCUAUCUGUGCAGUUUGCAGAUGCAGCAAGUGCGAUCACAGUAAUUUGAAUCGUUUCAGUUUGGAAGUUGAAAAACGAUACUCAACGUGUGGCUGCGGUUCAUCUACAAACUAAAUCCAUCCCUUAUAGAGGCCAUAAAUACCUAUAAAACAUAGCCAGAUCGAGCACAAACGUUCUGGCAAGGAACAAAUUGUUAUUUAUUGAGCUGCAAUCGAGCGCUGGCUAUAGAGAUCAACCGACGAGGUUCAAAAGUUUAUCUGUGUCGGUCGGCAAGUGCACAACGAGAGAGGAGAAACAAUCGAUCGGCAUCGGUUGCAGAGAAAGCCGAUCGAUCACUUAUCGAGCUGCUGGGUGCAUACAAGAUUGCUCUUCAUUCAGUAUGUGCAAAUCGGUGCUGGCGUUCUCAGAUGACAAUUUCGCACACUGCGAAUAGGCAGUUCGUCCGAGAACCUCCUUGAGCUAAUAGGCCUGAAAAACGAAGAAAAGUUGUACGAGUGCCCGAAACUAUUAACAGCAGUGUAGGCCAAUAACGCCUAUUUCCCAAUAGAAGAAACGAUUGUUUUAAUGUAGCGAAUCCUUGGAAGGCCCCACUCAACGGUCGGUCGUACUUUGUGCGUUCCACGUUAGGGCCUAGCAGAUUCCGUUAGAUACGGAAUUCUGUAGACUUGUUAGGACCAGAAUUUUGUGUUUUGUCGUUAGGAAGUUGUUCUUCAACCAGUAUGUACUCUUCAGCCCGUACCGCCGCCAUAAGCAGUUCCAACCGAUUGAAAAAUCCAAUCAGUCGAAAUGGCAGUAACUUAUCCGAAUACGACCUGGAAGUAGGAGAGCGAACACCUCUUUUGGUUUCAAGGGUUCGUUUCGCACCUGAGGUGGACGAUCGAUCUCGUCAGAUUCAAACCGUACAAACCACAGCCCUUCUUGGCAUUUUAACGCUGCUCCUGUUCCUUCUGCUGGGCAUUAUAAUAGCAGUUUAUUUGCUUCUGAUGCAAGUACCUCGUCCUUGGCCCGUGUCUCAUCCAUUUUACCUAGUGGAGCGAAAUGUCUGGUGGAAACAACCAGCAGAGCAAUUCGAGUUAAGUCCGUUGGAAAAACGUGCAACUCAGAAUGUAAUAAUUCUGCACACGAGAAGUGAGACAUGCCACGAUCAAGCCGCAUGUAUUCAAUUGGUACAGAAACUACAAAACGACGCGUGGAGUCAAAACGGAACGCACAUUCCGUAUAAUUUCCUAGUAGGUGGAGAUGGGAAAACGUACGAAGGCAGAGGCUGGAAAUCUCAACACGGGUUUCCAAAUCUCCCCGGAAUAAACGAUACAAUUGUUGUAGGCAUGAUAGGGACCUUCAAUGAUCAACGGCCAGAAAAUGUGAUGUACGCAGAAACAAAGGCACUAAUAACGGAAUCCAUCAGAAGGUUUUGCCUAUCGCCAAACUAUCGACUAUUUGGCGUAAUUGACGACUCAAUACAGAACAACGAUGCUGCUGGACUAUACGCAGAGAUUAAAGAGUGGAGGCAUUGGCAGGGAUUCGUUACAGUUUAGGACAAAUUUUAUAGCUCAAUUUUGAACAAUCAGUGACCGGGACUAGUGUUAGUUCGCAAGUAUUAUAUGUUUUUGUGAAAGAUUCGAUAUAAACUGCUGAUUUUAUUUUUUUAAUGACAAGUCGGAUUUUCUUUCAAUUCAAAGUUCCUUUCUUUUAAAAACUUGGGCAUGUUUAGAAAAAUAUACGCGAUUCUUCUGAGGGCAUAAACAUGAGGGCAGCACCUUAAAAUAAUAUUAUUAUUGAAGAAUAAAUUUCAUUCAGUAUUUCUCUGA